AGGUCUCCGGUGCCUGUCGAGGCGGCAAUCCCCGAACCCGUAUGUUAUUCAUAGUUAAUAGUUUAUAGUUAAAACAAAUCUGAUGAAAGUUUUUUUUCCUCACGCAACAUGUCUCCCCAUUUCUCCCCCUUUCUUUCCCAUUUUCGAAAAACCAAGGUACCCCGGUUACUUAAAUCUUGUAGUGAGUGAAACUGUGAAUAUUUCCACGAUGAUUUAGUUGGAAAGAGACUUAAUUUGGGUAUUCAAUAUUUAACUUUGUAGAAUUCCUUUUUUAUUCACGUACACAAGGUUAACUGUAUGGAAUACGGUGAGUGCACUGUAAAUAAGCAACUUCAAGGAGCAAGCCAUCUAUCAGAUCAACCAAAACCUGGCAAACAUAUCUAGCUAAAUGUAACUAACGUUAGCUAGCUACGGUAGGUCUCCAACUUGUUAGCUGAAAUAUUAGCUACCUACCUAACUAUAAUUUGUCACUGAUGGUGGCUUGUUGAUUUGCCUCUUUUUUAAAGUUUGAUGCUCGUUCAUAAAACAUUAAUACAUUUCUUCAUAUUGGUUCCAGAUUUCAAAAUUUUACAUGCGUACACACCAUUCACCAACAGAAUGUCUGACCGUGAACGGUCUGUGGCAGUGCCUCACAAGCUCUGUCAAAGUUUCCUCCCUUUCCCCACUCUUCAGUAAAGGAAAUUGAAUCAAAAACGUGCAACUACAAAGCAAGUUAAGUAUAGUAGUGGAAUAAUAUUCUUCUGUGAUCCAAGAGAACAGACAACAGAUUCGUGAAUUGGAAGCUGUGAACCUUGAGCUUGCCAGCUCCAAAUCCAAAGUAUGGAAAAUAUAAGCAUAUUGGCCUAUUUUGGCUAUAACACUACUAUUCAAGCAUUUACAAAGGGCCUAAGUAUAGUAUUAGGAGUUGUUUCACCAAUUCUGAGCUUGAAGUAAGACACAUUAGUUUGCCUUUUUGACAGGUUUGGCUUCUGGGUUCUGCUGUAGGUUCUAAGACAUGUAGCGUUUGUCAUAUGAUGAAGGUGAUUGAGUGAUUGGAGGCUGAGGUUGAGGCCCAAGGAAAUGCAUUCAGAGAUGCAAAGGAGAGGCUGGACAAGACUCAAGAGACAUUAGUAAUGAAGAGUAGAAAUGUUGGCCAGCUGCAACAGGAGUUGACAGCUGUUAGGACUAAGUUAGAGGACAGGACUAACCAGGGUAUAAGGUGUUGGACAGUGAGGCCAGAUUGAAGGAGGCUCUUACAUGUGUGAUAUAGAAUGAGGGGUCUGGGAGCAGAAGGGCCUUCAGCAUGAAUGGAACAAGACUGACAUGAAUCAGCAGACUGGGAACAGUCAGUUCGAUCUGAGACCUGCUUGCCAACACUUGCCCGCCAGCUUCUAUGCCGUCCUCUGAUGUCCCCAGACUCAAGCCAGCUGCUGCCUGGGUUGCGAUCCGCGGAGCAGGAGACAGGGCGACAGGCAGCCCUAUCCCUGGGCCUGCCGGAGAGACUGACGCACACAACGGAUGCGUUGGCUGCCCUGCGGAGUAUCAUGACCCAGAGAGACCACCAGCUACGGUCAGUACACACAGAGCUGCGGGACAAGAAUGGACUCGUCAACCAGCUGGAGAGAGAGGUGAGGAUGGACUCAUGAAUAGUGUACUGGACCAGCAUUUUAAUUACAACUGAGUGGUUUCAAAUGGGGUCCUCAGUCUCAUAGUAAUGUAACUGGUGGUGAAGUUGUGGUAUUGCAGUUAAGGAAGAAGCCUUGUUGCUGCACUGGAGCAGAUAGAGGAGGAUGCAAUGUUUUCACAGGCUGUAGAGAAGACCACUGAACUACAGCAGAACCUGCUGGUAAUGUCCAAGGGCUCGACACAGACACACACAUGAACUGAUUCACCCAUUGGAUCUGUCACAGAGUCUGCCGUCUGCCCUUAGCGUAGCUUGCUGUUUAUGGAUUAAGAUUACUCAAUUUUCACUGAAACUCUAAAUCAGGUUCUCUACUUAGUUGAUGAACUCUGGGUUUAAAAUGUAGGACCCAACCACAAUAUUCAGCACUUGAAAACUUCUCUGGAGAGGGAAUUCCACCAGAUUUUGCAGGAGUCUCUGAAAGAUAGCUCAGAACAAGCUUAACGAUCAAAUCAAAGAUGGAAGAUUCAUGCCUGUGGUUCCCUUUUAUUACACAACAUAAAAUAUCCCUUUAUUAAGUUAGCUAGGAGACACCUUUACACACAGUACAUUGUUUGGCAAAGGUGCUUGUGUUCACUACAAUCCUAUCAUGUCUGCCAGUCUUGAACAGUUGAAGAUAUAUCUGAAGCAGAAACACUCUCAGAUAGGAGACUUGGAGAAAGACAAGAGGAACAGGAGACCCAACACAGAGCAGACAGUCUCCAGGCCUCCAUCACCCAGCUCACACUAGUCUGUAUUCAUCCACUCAGCCUACAUCACUUUUCCAAAUCAUCCCCACUUAAAUCACUACACCAAAUCACCCACAUAAAUAACCACAUCAGCUAAAAAACAGAGACAUUACUAUUACAAAUCACACUGGUAUAAAUCACAUCACCAAACAAAUGAUUAUACCAAAUGACAUUUACAUAAAUCACUGUCACGUGUUACAUCCACAUUAAUCACUUCACCACAUCACACCCAAGUAAAUGAUCAUACCAAGUCACAUCUACAUAAAUCACUGUGCCAGAUCACGUCCACAUCAAUCACUUUACACGUGCUGUAUUCCAGACCCUCAUCAUGUCCCUCUCUUAGGGGACCAAGGCGAGAGCACAACUAGACCAGGAGGCCUUAGGAGCUCAGAGAGCUAAGGCUACAGCGUCCAUCGCCAAGUUACAGUAACUUAACUCCUUGUGUGUGUCCUCAGCUCUCUAUGUCUUAGUCCAAACUCACCAAUGCCACGGUAACACGGGGUCUUUUCAUUUCUCUUGAUCCCCAUUGCCAUCGGUUGUAUCAGGAUUUUAGCCUUUUGCUCUGCCCUGUUGAAGGUGACUGUCCAGGAGGCAGCCAAGCUAUGGGAGAGAGCUGGAGAAAAGAACCAAACGGGUGGAACGUCGUUAACAUCUGGACGUCACAUUUUGAACGUGAUAAACCAGUAAAUCCUGGCCAAAGAACACAACUCCAUGAAUCCCAAACCUACCAAUAGGGGCGCCCUCAACACCAGUGUGUCUGCCUGUGGUCAGCAGGCAUCACCCAUGUCCCUAUUGGUUGGUUCCCAGCUGGAGCUUCUGCAGUCAGAGAUCAGGAGCAGUUCUCUGGCGUGUCAGAGCUCCGGUGAGGAGAACCUGCAGCUGUGGUGCCCCGUGGAGAGACGGGAGACCAUGCCGCAGAAGAGCACCAACCCGCAUGGCCCAGCUGCAGGACAGCCAGGUGAGCCGCUCUCAGAAGGGCCUGGAGGUUGAGAAUGAGUUUGCCACCACGGAGCUGAAGAGGAGUGAGCAGAGAGCCCAAGAGGCCGUAGAGAGACUACAGGAGGCCAGUCUGCUGGCAGAGAGACAUGAGAGCGAAGCUCUGCGGCUCUCCGGCUCUGUCACGCAACUAACAGAGGACAUGAACAAGGUUCGUGGCGAGCUGAGCGAACGGGAACAGCAGAUGCUACGUAUACGGCGAGACAGCGACACCAAGGCCUUCCAGCUGUCCAAGAUGGAGAAGAUGCUAGCCGAGACCAGAGGAAAGCUGGAGAAAAAGGCAGAGGCCGGUGCGGAAUGUAAAGGGCGGGACAACCGAGACGAAAUGGUCCAGGACCUGGAAGAAAGGGUGCGUUUUACCAGGAGGGACAGGAGGAACUCCCUUCACCGAACCCAACUGCUGGAGAGCCAGAUGAAGACGGUGAAGGGUGAGCUGGUGGACACUCUGGACCACCUGCAGGAGCUACGGAACAGACUGAAGCGCUCACAGGCCAACGCAGAGCAGCGCAAGGCUGACAUGGAGAAACUGCAGGCGGGGAUGAGGUGAGGCCACAAGCCCGACAGCCCCGGCCCAACGGCCAGUCUCAGAGGCUCCUUCACUCCCUCCACCACUUGGUACUUUGGCCUUCCUUGGUACCUGCUUCACUUUUAUUUGUUUUAUUUUUUUACCAACGGGGCCCAGACACCUAAUUGUUGCCGAAAAAGACGAAUCCAGAGACUUAAAAAAAAAUAACAAAUAUAUAUUGCUCCUGAAAACAAUGUUUAAAGAAGUGCUGUAUCUGUCUGUAUCUGUGCUGUAUCUGUCUUUACUACUCUAAAAUCAUUGGAAAUACUUGUUUGCUUUGUUUAAACAAUAUCUGCUUUGCUGACUUGAUUUUGCUUGGGGUUGAUUAUCUUUGAACUGUCAGCUCUUACUUCUUGGAGAAACGUACAACCAAACAAGAAUAUAAAUGACCAAAGGACUGCUACCCGCCUACAGGAAAGAAGCAGAAAUAUGUUAAAUAUGGUUCUCUGUUCAGCUUGUGGUAAGUUGAGAUGCUUGUGCAACACUCUUGUUGCAUCCGUGGUGUUCUCUUGUUAAGGGUUAUUAAGUCAUUUUCUAUGGGUUGAAGACUGAACUUGUCAACAUGUCUGAAGCCAUGAUGGCUGAUAAACAACACUGAUCUCCCUCGGCUGUCGUAUGUCACGUGGAGCUUGUCAAACACACGUUCUGUGAUGCAACACAAAGAAAUGGUAUAAAAAAGUUCUACUUCUGCUACUCUUCUUUUUAUAAGUUGAGUAUGGAGUUAUCAUUGAUCCCAUUACAUCCUUGCCUGCCUGUUUAUGAAAAGAAAACAUCAAGUAUAAUGUUCAUUUUAUCUGGAGAUGUUCCAUCUCAAUCCCUGGGAUCAUAUUAUAGAUUGUUUCAUGAAACUAAGCUGAACUAUCUUUUUCUUUCUUGUUUCAAUAGACAGUUUUUGAGUACCAAGUUGUAAGUUCAGCCAGGAUGUAACACCUCUUGUUUUAUAUGAUGGAAAUGAAUGCAAUCCUUUUUUGUUGUGAAUGGGUGACUUGGCAACGUCUCCCGUUUCUGGGUCUUGUCACAUGGAUGUGACAAGUGAACUUGACAAGUUGCUAAGGAGACGGUUGUUGUAGCAGCAUCAUACUUCCUUAUUGCAGAGGUCUGUGGUAGCUAUAGUGGUAUGGCCGUUUUCAUGAUAUUGACUGAUCAUUUAACCACAAACCAGAAUUUUCUUUGCACAUACUGUACACUACUGUUCAAAAGUUUGGGGUCACUUGGGAAUGUUCUUGUUUUCGAAAGAAAUGUACAUUUUGUCCAUGUUACAGCCUAUGCCGUGCCAGCUGUUGCAUUUCUGUGUUCUCAAUACCUUCUAGCUUCUUUGUUUCUAUGUUCUGUUUGGAUCCCCUAUGUUUAUUGGUUUCAUCUGUGUCUAGUUUAGUCUUGUCACCUGUGCCUUGUUUGCCCCCUCAUUAUGUCCCUAUUUAAGUUCUCCUGCCUUAGUGUUUCUUGUCUGUCAUUGUUUCAUGUGACGUGGGUGUCUCAUGUUCCUGGAAGUUCCCUGAGUGUCUUGAAUUAAACUACUUCUGUUUAAGAUCCUCUGAGCCUGUGUACUGCAACUCUCCUGAGAAUGUUAUAGUCCAUUCAAAUGACAUGACAUUGAUCAGAAAUACAGUGUAGACAUUGUUAAUGUUGUAAAUGACUGUUGUAACUGCGUACAGAGGCCCAUUAUCAGCAACCAUCACUCCUGAGUUCAAAUGGCUCGUUGUGAUUGCUUAUCCUAGUUUAUAAUUUUAAAAGGCUAAUUGAUCGUUUGAAAACCCUUUUGCAAUUAUGGUAACAUUGCUAAAAAGUGUUGAGCUGAUAUAAGAAGCAAUAAAACUGGGCUUCUUAUUAUUUGAGUAUC